AUGCUGAUUAGAAAUCUCCUUCUGAGGCUUCUCACCAACGGGCCAGCGAUCUGGCUGCUUCUGCUGCUGCUUUCAGUCAGAACGGCCCUCAAAUACGCGAAAGUGAGGUCACUCGACUGCAAGGUCGCCUACGAGCAGAAGGACGCGAAGAUGGAGACGCGUCUCUUCGUCAUCGUUCUGGUUCUCUCCCAUUUGAUGCCACUUCUCUCGGAUUACGCGAAGAUCUCCCUCGAGACACUCGUCCAGCGCGACUGCUACGUCGCAAGCUACGACUUCGCCCUGAAGUCGCAGCCAGGGGCCACGACUGAAAUCGGACAGAAUCUCCACGCCCAGUGCAGCAGAUUCGCAAAGAGCAUCCGCCUGGUCUUCGUCACCAUCGGAUACUACGCGCCAAUCAAGGCCAUCUGCUUCUGGUUCAAUCAGAGGCAGAUCAGGAGACAAAUGGCAGAGCGACUGGGCGAGAUGUCGUACGUAGCAGGGGUAGUUAGGGUGGUAUUCUGCUUCUACCUCGUGGUCUCCAUUUCAGUCCGAUUUCUGGCUGGAUCGGCCGUGUCGAAGCAGCACGGCCACUCCGACAGGCAGAACGAGACGGCGGUGGACUUGUUGCGGCACCACCGCUUUCUGGUCGAAAACGGCACCGUCGAUGUCGCCCUUGACGCCUACGGCUACUCGGCCGAAGGCGAGUUGCUCUUCCUCUUCCUUCAGAAGCUGCUGGUUGCGACUCUCUCGCUGAUCAAGAGGUCGCUCUUCGUCUUCCAGAAGCACCUUCUCCUGGUCAACUGCUCUGAUCCAGGCGUAUUCAAGUUCUACCUGCAG